AUGGAUCUUCUCAGCACUUUAUUCGACGUUUUGUUUCUUCUCGGAGCUAUCUACUUUUUCCCUCGUAAUCUUCCCAAUACACCAGCACCUAUUCAAAUAAUCCCUUCUCCACUCCCAUCAGCUCAUUCUUCUCUUCCUUCCCCUUUACCUUCUCCUCGUCCUAUGGCGACUUUAGAAGUACCUAAAAUCACUUUUUCUCAAGAAGGACUCAAGAAAAGGGAAAAACGUAAAUCCAAAUCUGUCAGUUUCUCAAUUUCUUCCCUUGAUGAAAUCAUCGACAGUGGAGAAAAAAAUAAAGGGAAACGUCCUCCUACUCCAUGGGUUAGAGGACCUGUAAGUCCCAGUGCUAGAGAAGAGAGUGUACCCGGUACUCCGUUGACACCUUUGAGUCAUUCUUAUGAGGCUGUGGAUCCUAUGGGGGUGAAAAAAGGUUGGUUGAUGCCUCGUUAG